GCGUUGGACUCGGGGUCCGGAGGUACUCUGCCCGAGGGCGGGGCUGCUUCCAAUGGCUGCCUUUGCGGGUCGCGUGUGCCUGGGCGGAGAGGCAGGCAUGGGGCAGGGGCGGCUCCCGGCGGUCCCGGGCGGGGACAGGGGAGGGGCUGGGUGUGAGGACCCCGUCUCCCCUCCCUGCUCCCGCCUUCUGGGCCGAGCCCCACCGACGGGGCUGGGCGAAGGGGCGGGCUCUGUGCCUGGGGCCCUGUGCUUCAGCAGCGCAGCCCGGGGCUCGAUGACUGCUGGGUCGCUGGGUGCCCUCUGGCUUGGCGGAGGUGGGCGAGGACAGAGGGGUAAGAGAAGCACGGCGUACCCCGGAAGACAGGAACCGGCAGGGUCGGCGACGCUGCCCUCUGUCGCCGCUGACACAGUGACUGGUGGGCACUGGAGUCCCCGGAGCACCGGAGCCUCAGGCCCCAGCAGCUAAGGGCCAGGGUCUACCGCCUACCCCCGCCAGCAGCCCGCCCGCUGCCCUGCCGAGGCGCUAGGAGGAGCCGACAGGGGCGGAGACUGGUGUCGGAGGAGGGCGGGGUGGGAACACUAGAAAACUGGCCGCUGCACAGACAAAAAAUAAAAAAAUCGAAUGGCUGGAGAACCUUCUACUGUUACCAGCCUUUUGGGACCAAGCACGGAUUUGACAGCUCCACAACGCGAGGAUAUCCGCUGACCCUGCGACACCGAGAGCACUUCCCCGAGACUCCCUGUCCAGCUAACCAGCUCUGUGAGAUUGCAACUUUCCAAGUUGGUUCUUUUCCAUCUCUGUCAGAAGACUGCCCUUUCGUGUGGGAGAGGGUGCCUGGGUGAACCGCCUUGUGGAUCGAUUUGAAAGCAUCAACUUUAAAAAAGCACGUGUGAUUCCCAGUGCCAUCCAGACGCCUGCUUUCGUGACCGCUGGAUUUUUCUGACUUUAUUCUUAACCAAUCUCUCUCUCAAAAAGACUGAAAAAGAAAAAGCUCACGAUUGUCAGUCAUGGCCGAAGGAGAGAAUGAAGUGAGGUGGGAGGGUCUGUGCAGUAGAGACCCAACUACUAGAGAGACAGCACUGGAAAGCGUUAGGCAGAUUGUUCUGAGAAAAACCGAGUACCUUCGUUCUGCCAAAGAGACACUUUCUCGACCUUCGGACGGGCUUUCAAAUGGUGUUUCUUUGGAUGGGAUGAAUAAACUUCUUGCCCAUCUGCUUAUGCUGUCCAAGAGAUGUCCCUUUAAAGACGUGAGAGAGAGAAGCGGGUUCAUUCUGAAGAGCGUCGAGGAACUUGGAAUCAGAAUCCCUCGGCCACUAGGACACGGACCAAGCAGGUUCAUCCCAGAGAAGGAGAUGCUGCAGGUGGGCAGCGAGGACGCACAGAUGCACACUCUGUUUGCCGACUCUUUCGCUGCUUUGGGUCGUUUGGAUAACAUUACACUAGUGAUGGUUUUUCAUCCACAAUAUCUAGAAAGUUUCUUAAAGACACAACACUACCUACUGCAGAUGGACGGGCCGUUGCCCCUCCAUUAUCGCCACUACAUUGGCAUCAUGGCGGCAGCCAGGCAUCAGUGUUCCUACCUGGUGAAUCUACACGUCAGUGACUUUCUUCAUGUUGGUGGGGACCCCAAGUGGCUCAAUGGUUUAGAGAAUGCUCCUCAGAAACUGCAGAAUUUAGGAGAACUUAACAAAGUGUUAGCCCACAGGCCUUGGCUAAUCACCAAAGAACACAUCGAGGGGCUGCUGAAGGCUGAGGAGCACAGCUGGUCUCUUGCGGAGCUGGUCCACGCUGUGGUUCUGCUCACACACUACCACUCUCUUGCCUCCUUCACAUUUGGCUGUGGAAUUAGUCCAGAGAUCCACUGUGACGGUGGCCACACCUUCAGACCUCCUUCUGUCAGUAACUACUGCAUCUGCGACAUUACGAAUGGCAACCACAGUGUGGAGGAGACGCCAGUCCCCUCAGCAGGAAGUGCCUUGGUGAGUGACUCCUUCUUUGAGGUCGAAGCCCUCAUGGAAAAGAUGAAGCAGUUACAGGAGUGCCGGGAGGAGGAGGAGGCCAGCCAGGAGGAGAUGGCCUCGAGGUUUGAAAUGGAGAAGAGAGAUAGCAUGUUUGUCUUCUCUUCAGAUGAUGAUGAAGUUACACCAGCGAGAGAUGUGUCUCGGCACUUUGAGGACACUAGUUAUGGCUACAAGGAUUUCUCCAGGCAUGGGAUGCAUGUUCCAACAUUUCGUGUCCAGGACUACUGCUGGGAGGACCAUGGUUAUUCUCUGGUGAAUCGUCUUUAUCCGGAUGUGGGACAGUUAAUCGAUGAGAAAUUUCACAUUGCUUACAACCUUACUUACAAUACCAUGGCAAUGCACAAAGAUGUUGAUACCUCAAUGCUGCGACGGGCUAUCUGGAACUAUAUCCACUGCAUGUUCGGAAUACGAUACGAUGACUAUGACUACGGGGAGAUUAACCAGCUGUUGGAUCGUAGCUUUAAAGUUUAUAUCAAAACUGUCGUGUGCACUCCUGAAAAGGUCACCAAAAGAAUGUAUGAUAGCUUCUGGAGGCAGUUCAAGCACUCUGAGAAGGUGCGUGCUCAUGGGCUGUCGUUUGCUCUGUCAUGUGCAAUCUUGCCUUUUGUUAUUGUCCUUCCUGCAAACCCACUCCAUCAUCAGCGACCUGGAAAACACCAUUCCAGCAGCUGUCUCGGGGACCCUAGAGAGAGCAGAGCCAAGAGUAGACGGCCACGCUGGUCUGUCCUCAGAAAUACUGGCAUCUCUCUCCACCCAAGACCACCAUUCUGUAAGAACUUUUAAAAACUGCGUAAGCAGAAAUGGUGGAAGCAUCUUUCUAGAAAUUGAUGGUUUGGCAGAGAAUUCUAGAAGCCUCACAAAACAGUGCCUAGAUUUUUGAGCUAUGGCAAAUACCCAGGAAGAUAUGUGGUCAAAUACAGUAGAAUAAGACAUUUAUCCCAAAAGAAGUGUGAUGCUGUGCUAAAGACGGAAGUCUUCCUAGCACUGGAACAUGCGGUUGGCCCUUCAGGGUCCUGGGUCUGCAUCCACAGAUGGAGCCAAGGACCACAGAUAUUCACAGUGACCGUGUCUGUGCUGAGUGACCGUGCAGCACUGUCACUCCUCAGACACUGGGACAGCCAUCUGCAUGGCUCACAGGGCACCGAGUGCUGGGAGGCUGUGCACGGCCAUCUGUAUAGCUAUGUGCUGCUGGUAUAAGGGACUCCAACACCCUGGGAUUUGCUUAUCCAAAUAGGAUAAAUUUAUUCACUCAUUAGGGGACAAAUAACUACCCUCAUUUGGGAUUUUUUUUUAAUUGAAUGCACAAAAAGAGAGUGGCGUUGAUAACCUGUCCUCACAUGAUGUUGUAUUUUGUACCCAGGUUCAUGUUAAUCUGCUUCUUAUAGAAGCGAGGAUGCAAGCGGAGCUCCUGUAUGCUCUGAGAGCCAUUACCCGGUAUAUGACCUGAUGCCCCUCCUCCACUGAGGAUGACCCUGCAGUGAACAGCAAACUUAGUCUCCACGGGGAUGGAACCAAGCCCCAGGACCAAUGGUAGAUAAAAAGAAUUCAGAAAUGCGUGUGCCAUGAUUCCUGCUAUUUUCCUGUGUCUGCUCUCACUGCUGUCAGCAGUGGGCACUUGGCAGCCUCAGUGUUAGAGCUGUGAAGAAAGGCUGUGGCCACAGUGUCUGCUUUGUGACAGUGUGAGGUGCUGUGAACUUGUUUCAGUACAGCAACUAGUAAUUCUCCAGAUCCCCUGCUCCGCUGUGACAGGGUGACGGACAGGAGAGUAGAGGCUGGACUUGGGCACCAAGUUCACCCGUAGGGAGCCGAGCGGAUUGGAGCUCGGUGCUGCUGUGGCUGAGGACAAGCGCACGGCUGUUCCUGCCAAGCGCUGCUGCCACCUGAGCCCGCACCACACCGUCUUCGUGUGGUUUUCAGUUGAACUCGUGCGCAUUUCUUCUUGCAUCUAAAAGAGCAUAGAAUUAUUACUCAGCUCAGCGAAGACCGUGUUGGUGGUGACAGUUUGUUUCUUUCAUUACAGUUUAAAAUUCAGUUGCUGGAGGAAAUUACAGUGGCAUUCUUAAGAUUUCCUCCAAAGAGCAAUCUUAAAAUAAUAGUGUGUUAAUUAUAAGAAAAACAAGCUAUCUUUCGACAUGCUGUUUUCCAACAUCCUCUCAUCCUGGAGGGCAGCUAUCUUGUGCGGGAUUUUUGUUUCCAGCACCAACAAUGUGGUUUCCAGUGUUGCUGCAAACUGACGCCCAGGGAGUGCCGGGUGCAUUCUGCCCCGUGCUCCUGCUGACCUCGUGACCCUGACUUUGAAGGUAUACAGCUCCUUAAAGAAUAAAGCUGGAAAAUGUUUUAUUGAAGUUAUCGGAUUUGUAUCUUGAUUUACAGAAAUGCUAACCUUGAGAUGCAAACAGGUUUGGGGUAAAUGAGCUAAGCGCUUUGUACUCUGGGACAGUAACUGCUUUUGGAAUCUGUCAGUAUUAUUGGUAUUUUUCAAUAAAGAAUAAUUUCCACA